AUGGAGACAAACAAGCAGCCUGUGAAGGAGGUGCUUCCUUUGCCUCGACUCUCAGAUGCACCUCCUGCGCCGUCCUCCAAUGUGACGCUCAUCUCCAAACCCCACACCCCUGGAACCAUACAGCACAUCCAGAUGGCGUCGUCAGUGGUGACAUCAUUCAACCAUCUGAAAGUUCCAGAGAGGGACGUGCGCCUUCUGUCUGACAUGAAGUCCAUCAAAUCUCUCCGUCAGGCCGGCAUCACAGCUGUCUUUACAGGACAAGCCAAGCCUGAUGCUGAGGAAACUGUGGAAGAGGUGCCGAUCAUCGACGCUGUUUUAGCGGAUGUUGAUUCCCUGGUCCCCACACAUGAUGAGGCUGGUCGCCCCAUAGCAGAGUGGAAGCGCCAAGUGAUGGUUCGACAGCUGAAGCUUCGGCUGCAGGAUGAGGAAGACCAAAGGAGACUGGUAGACACGGCUGCCAGCUACAGCGUGGACGGCUGGAAAUACUCCCGAGUUCAUAAUGCCGUCCUGGGACCGUACGGAGAGCUUUUAACCGAAGACGACUUGGUGUAUCUCCAGCGGCAGAUUGAGUCACUGUCACUACAGAAGCGCUAUGAAGCUUGCGAGCUGGAGCUGACCAGACUGACUGAGGAACUCCGAGCCAUUCUGCCGGAUCCUAUCCUGAACAUUUCCCUCAAUAAGGAGCUGCUGCAGCAGAUGGACUCCGAGGGCCGGUUGACACUGCCAGCCUGGUGCAGCCGCGUCUCAGAGAUAGUCAGAGGCAUGUCAGCUUUGGUGGCUAAUCUGACAUCAAAGGAUAAAGAGGCGGCUAAUGAUAUGUCAUGUGGAUUUCGGAUACCUCAAAUAGGUAUGGCCUCUGCUUUCAGCCAUCGUUUGGAGAGUAACAGUUACAGCAAAGCCCAGAGAGAAAUGGUGGAGAGAGAGAUUCAGCAGUCUGGUGUGUCAGUCCAGAAACUCAGAUCCAACUUUGAAGGUCAAAUCGGUGCUAUCUACCCCUUCGCUGGGGUGGUCAACGGAGCGCGAGGAAUGGAUGUCAACAAGAACACCCGUAAAAAUGACAUACAAUCUCCUAAAAAGCGAGUGAUGGAGACCACAAGUUUGAGGAAAGAGCGUAUCGUGGUGUUGUUCCUGAGUCACUGGAAGAAAUCUGCCUAUGCCAUUUCGCUGAGGGCGGCAAAGCAGAAGGAGGAGAUGGCGUCACCAGGACACACAAUUCCCGCCAUGUUUCUUUUCUGCUUCAAGACAAGGGCAGUGCAAAAGAUGCUGACCUCUUGGAAAAAUAAACUAUCGCAGACAAGGGCUCCAAAAUCAACCACAGCACUCUGUAGGUCGCCUGUGGUGAUAUACUCCCCAGAGCAGUUCCUGCCUGAUGUCGACGGUGCUCCAAUGACCCAUGACAGCUUGACUCUAGACCUCUUCAUGCUUGGCUACUUCCACAUCUUAGAGCAAGAACUCUCGCCGCAGGAGAGGAAGAUGAGACACCUGCUCUGCUUUGAGGUGUUCGACCAUGUCGGUAGUUUCUCCUGGGAGACUGUGCGAGAUUUUCACAAGACUGUUCUGCGAGAAAUCCGAGCUGGGAGGCGACAGUGGAGCGACGGCUUUGAGGACAUCAAAGUCAAUUUCUUUGGGAGCAAGGGACCACUUCGCUGCCCACCCUUGCCGUCCUCUCUUCUCGCCCAUUCAAAGCCUCAAGUCGUCCUUCAAUCCGCCGCCACGGAAGCAGACGGCGCCGAUGUCUCCUGUCUUAACAAUGAGGACAUUUGUAAAUAUAUUGACCGCAGCUUUGCCUUCUGGAAAGAGAAAGAGGCAGAGCUGUUUGAUUUUGAUCAGCAGACUCCAUGUUAG